CGGCCCCAGCCGAGCAGUUUUGGCCCUUGGCCGCUCCCGUACGCAGCCUCCUCCUCCUGCUGCUCCUCCAUCCUCGGCUUUUUGCAGUCCGGUGGUGCUCGGAGGCGGACCGGCUCGGGGCUUCAUGGAGCGCAGUUCGGCGGCAGUAGGGGCAGUGAGGCGCCUCCGUACCCAGGCCCAGCAACAGUAUCACCAGCAGCAGCCGCCGCCGUGCCGCCCGGAAAAGGAGGGACGGGACUGGGGCAAGCCUGCACGAGGAGGAAGCGCGAGGCUGCUCUUGCCGGAGUCGCGCGCGGUACUUGUGCUGCUGCUUUAUUUGCUCGGGCUGCGCGGACUCGUUUACUUUUCCUUCCAGCAGCUGGUACAGCCGGCGCGCGUCUCUAAAGAAUUCAAUGCCCCUCGCGCCAGAACUCGAGGUGAUGUCAGUGGAGUAACCAGGACAUACUUAGAAAAUAUUACUGCAUUUGGACCUAGGGCUGUUGGAAGUCCAGAAAAUGAAGUCUUCACAGUCAACUACCUCUUGGAGCAAGUUAAAGCUAUUGAAACUGCAAGCAAUAAUGUCCAUAAGAUCUCUAUAGAUAUACAGAGGCCAACAGGCACCUUCAGUAUUGACUUUCUUGGAGGCUUCACCAGUUACUAUGAUAAUAUUACUAAUUUAGUGGUCAAACUGGAACCCAGAAAUGGAGCUGAGCAUGCAGUGCUCUCCAACUGUCACUUUGACUCUGUACCAAACUCUCCAGGUGCCAGUGAUGAUGCUGUCAGCUGCUCUGUGAUGCUUGAGAUACUCUACUAUCUUUCAAAAUCACCAGAACCCCUGCAGCAUGCCAUUAUAUUCCUGUUUAAUGGUGCAGAAGAAAGUAUCUUGCAGGCUAGUCAUGGGUUCAUUACACAACACCACUGGGCAAAAUCAGUGAGAGCAUUUAUUAAUCUGGAGGCUGCUGGAGUAGGUGGGAAAGAGCUUGUAUUUCAAACAGGACCUGAAAACCCAUGGCUUGUACAAGCAUAUAUCUCUGCUGCCAAACACCCUUUUGCCUGUAUCGUGGCUCAAGAAGUGUUUCAGAGUGGUAUUAUCCCUGCAGAAACAGACUUCCGUAUUUACAGAGACUUUGGCAACAUUCCAGGAAUAGACCUGGCUUUCAUUGAAAAUGGUUACAUCUAUCAUACGAAGUAUGACACAGCAGACCGAAUUCUGACAGACUCCAUUCAGAGGGCAGGUGACAAUAUUUUAGGUGUGCUAAAAUACUUAGCUAAGUCAGACAGCCUGGCCAAAUCUCAUGAAUAUCGACAUGGAAAUCUUGUCUUCUUUGAUGUCUUUGGCAUGUUUAUUCUGGCUUAUCCAACUCGUGUAGGAGCCAUUAUGAACUGUGUUGUCACAACACUUGCUAUUCUUUAUCUGGGUAAAAAAAUUUUGCAGCCUAGAAAAAGAGCAAUUAGUUAUCUGAAGGAACUUGCCAUUGCAUUUGGUUUCACAGUCCUUAGUUGGUUCGCCACAUUAGUUGGCAUACUUUUUGUAGCAGUGUUUAUUUCGGUCAUUGGACGCUCUCUUUCUUGGUAUACCCACUUCCACGUCUCUGGUUUUCUGUAUGGAACUGCAGCUUUGGCUAAACUAAUACUUGUUCACACGUUAGUCAAGAAAUUCUAUUAUAAAAAUACAAACCAGCAGUUCCUUGCAGAGAUCUUCUUUGAUGUGCCAGUGCUUUUUUGGUCAGUUACAUUGGCUUUACUUACAUACCUAGGACUUUCAUCUGCAUUUGUCAGUGCAAUAUGGGUAGCAUUUCCUCUACUCACAAGAUUAAUGACUUAUAAGGAAUUCAAAGAAAAAGGUGCUACAGUGACAUUUGUUACAACUUACCUCCUGGGAAUGUUUUUUCCAUACCUCUAUUUAAUAUACCUCAAUUGGGUUAUAUUUGAAAUGUUAAUUCCUAUCACAGGACGCAGUGGUUCAGAGAUUCCACCUGAUAUAAUAAUGGCUGCUUUUAUUGUUACGUUGUCGAUACUUCUGAGUUCCUACUUUCUUAAUUUCAUCUACCUUGCCAGAAGCACAAAGAUGACAAUAAUAACUUUAAGUACAGUGUUUUUAGUCACAUUCGUCCUUGUCUGCAGUGGAAUCUUCUUCCCUUAUAGUUCAGAUUCUGCAAAUCCAAGGCCUAAGCGAAUAUUUGUUCAGCACUUGAGCAGAAGAUUCCAUAACCUGGAUGGCCAGUUGACAAAAAGUGAUUCUGGAAUGUGGAUUAAUGGACUUGACUAUGGUGGCAUCUCUUAUGUCACUCCUCAUAUACCUGAACUCAAUGAUUCUAUUAGAACAAAAUGUGAGGAAGACUCGCCCCUCUGUGGGUUGCCUUGGAUCCUUCCUGUAGAUUAUCUAUUCAGAAAGAAUUGGUAUCUUCCUGCUCCAAUGGUUACUCCCAAGAAUCCUAUUCACUUUCAGCUUUUCUCCAAAGAGCAAAUGCCCUGGGAUUCUAUAAAGUUAACCUUCGAAAUAUCAGGUCCAAGUCACAUGUCACUGUAUCUUCGAGUGCAUCGAGGGGCAACAUUGGCCAGGUGGUCUCUUGGAGAUGGAAUUCCUGUUGUUAAUGUAGGUGGGGAUUACUUCGUGUAUUAUUCACAUGGGCUCCAAGCCUUGCCAUGGCACUUCUGGAUAGAGUUGAAGACCUCAGGAGAGUCCACAAAUGGAAUGGUCACCCUUGGUAUAGCUACCCAUUAUUACUUUGGGGAAGAUCAGAAGACCCCUCAGUUAAAUGCCUUGUUAGAAAGAUUUCCCAAUUGGACAUUUCCCUCAAGCUGGGUCUCCACUUAUGACCAAUUUGUGUUUUAAUCCAGAGGUUUAAAGGUCAAUUGUCUUUAAGUUCCUGAGUGCAAUUUUCAUUCAUAAGGAAUUGUGCAAGUUGGAAGAUAACAUUAUUUUUGAAAAAACUACUUUAGCCACAAGUGUGUUUUUAUGGGAGUAUGAAUACAGAAAGGAUGGUGAAGAGAUUGUACUUUUUUGCAGGAGGAAAGUGGAACCUCGGUGUCUUAUGCAAAAUAUACUUUUCUCCCACUUGAA